AACUACAGCAGCAAAAGGAGCAAUAAAGAAGAGACAAAACAGCUGCCCCCUCCCCUGAAUUCAAGCUGCUGCAAAUCAAAAGCAUGCCAGUUUGCCACGGCUCUCCUCCACUCCCCACCACCACUUCUUCCAUGGCUUUCUUCCUCCUGCUGCUGCUGGCUACUGCUUCAGCCACAGAAGUCGCCACUUCCCAAUCUCCCACCAUCACCGACUGCACUCCAGGGCUGCUCCAACUCACCCCGUGCUCCCCAUUCGUGCAAGGCCUCUCUGCUUCACCACUCCAAUCAUGCUGCAGCAACCUCCUUCAGCUCUACCACCGCCAGCCUUCAUGCCUCUGCCUCGUCCUCAACGCCCCUGACUUCGGCGGCUUCCCCAUCAACACAACCCUCGCCUCUCGCCUUCCUUUCCUCUGCGACCUCCAUGUCGAUCCUUCUGCUGCUUGUUCUUCGCAAGUUCCUCCAGCGGGUGCAAAUCUCCCUGCCUCUCCUCGAGUUGCACACACCAAUUCGUCUACAGAUUCAAUUGGACAUCACCCUAAUUCCACUGUUCCAGCCUUCCCUGUGAUUCAAGCUGCGCCAAGACCAGCCGUGAUGGGGAUUGGGGGGAGCUCACGUAUUGGCGUUGGAAGACAAGUCCCCAUGAUGCUUCUUCUGGUGUGCCUGUGGCAGUUUUUUUUCGUCUUGCUGUGAUCAGUUAAUUGUCUAGGUUUAAGUCUGGCAUCCUUAAUAGGUGUUCAAAGGAUGUCCGAGGUGGCAAUGUCUUACCUAUUGUUGUUAUUCUUUAUCUAGAUUAGACAUCGUCUAUUCGUCUUCAGGGUAUCAAAUUUAACUUAACCGUGUCUCAAGUUGCUUACGCUCUGUGAUCAGUUAAUCUUAAGUGUUUUGGG